UCCUACGCAAAGAAGUAUACGGCAUAAGAGUCAUACGGCGAAUCUGAUGUUUUCUCCAUGAGAAAACUACGUCCUGGGACGCUGAAUUGGCCUCCUCCUUUUGCACCGACUGCGAACCCGCACCUCAUUCUUUGGCCGAUUAGUCCUCGUCAUCUUCUGAAGUCUGCCUUCGUUCGUGCACCUCUUCCGACACACCUCUUCAAUGAUAAUACCACCGUGCUACGAGCAUCCGACAAAGACUAUCGUUUCGACGCGAGAUUCUUACUCUUCAAAAAACCCAAACAACCAAAGCUAUCCCCGGCCGCAUUGCGUGCCAAUACGUUCAGUGCCAAGAUGUUGAACUAUGUUCAACUUAUCACAACUCCCACGGCCGACACCAAUGGCACAUGCUUGCUCCUUCACUUCGAUAACAAGCGCUACCUCCUCGGAAAUAUUGCCGAAGGUGUGCAACGCGCCGUGGUCCAAAGAGCUUUAGGUAUACAGAAGGUGGAAGAUGUCUUCGUAACAGGCGUGGUGAAUUGGCAUAAUGCGGGCGGCCUCCUUGGCCUUAUCCUCGUCCUAGCUGACACGCUUGCUAAUAAAAUAGAGAGUAUUAAGACCAAUGUUGAGGAGCGCAAGAAGAAAGGCAGAAAAUCUCGUACAGAGGACGAUACGGAAAUACCACGGCUGAGGAUUCACGGAGGAAAGAAUUUGUCGCAGCUUUUAGCUACUGCUCGGCGAUUCAUCUUCCGAAAGGGAUUACCUAUCAACCCCCAAGAAAUAUGCGACGACCCGCGCCUAGCAGACCAACAAGCCUUCAAGCCCGAUUACGAAGAUUUCAACAUCAAAGUGUGGUAUAUGCCCGUCCAAUCAACAACACAAGCAUCAAACAGUCCUCGAAAGCGGACCCACGAUGAAUUUACAGAAGGAAGCAAUGCGGAUAGCUCAUCUACACCUUCGCCGAUUGCCUCAGAUAAUGAGGAUAGCAAAAAGUUAGUUAAUACUAUAGUUACUCAGAUGUUCAACUCGGAUUGGAAGAUGGAUGCCUUGGUAGAAACAACUUUACACCAAGCGAAGCUGCCCGCCAAGCUAUUCAUCCGGGACAAUAACGGCCACAUUCAAGUGUACACAGGUCCUAUGCCAGGGGACGGAAGAGAAGUACCCGAUAUACCUGUAUUGGUGCGCCAACCAUGGCCUGGAGCUAUGGUUGAUAAACUACCGCGGACAAAACCAUCAAACCAAUCUAUGUGUUACAUAGUCAAGGGCCACGACCGGAGAGGAAAAUUUAACCCCAAAGAGGCCGAAAGGCUUGGUGUGACUAAGAGAGACUAUGGAAAACUCGCAGCUGGGCAAAACGCUGUGGGUAAAGAUGGGGCAGUGAUUACCCCUGCCAUGGUUUUAGGAGAAACCGUCCUUGGAAGCGGAUUCGCCGUCGUCGAUUUACAAGAUUCCUCUUAUAUCGAUGCACUGGUCAAUCGUACAGAGUGGUCAAAUGAGGAGAUAAUGAAAGGUAUCCAUGUUAUCUUUUGGAUCUUGGGUCGGGGGGUUGCAAACGAUUCUCGGCUACAAGAGUUCGUGCAAAAAAUGUCUACGAUAAAACAUGUUGUUUCGUCGGAAGACAGCUGCCCAAAUAGGAUCGCGUUAGAGUCUGUUGCGGCUCAGUCAUUCAAGCUGCGAUGUAUUGAUCCCGACCGAUUCGCUAUACCGGCUUAUAACAACGAAGUUUCACUUUCAAACACUCCGAUAAUGGAAUCCUCUUCUAUCUUUGAGGCCGGCCGGCUUGGGAAAUUGGUCCAAUUUGCUCCAGAGUACUUGCAUCAGGAUAACAAAAUUGUCCCGUUCCCGGACCUCGAGAAGAUGGCUCGGGCUGAUCUAAACGAGGAAGUUUUAGAAAUGGCUAAACAAGCAAAAGAGAGAAUUUCGGAUCCCGACUUCCUCGCUAAGAUCGAGAAGGUAGAAUCGGAUAUUCCCAACCGAGACGCGGAGGUAAUACCAUUAGGAACUGGUUCUGCCCUACCGUCCAAGUAUCGCAAUGUCUCCGCUACGCUCGUCCGUGUCCCAGGAUGUGGAAAUUACUUAUUCGAUGCCGGUGAGAAUACUCUUGGUCAAUUACGCCGAGUCUUCGGCGAUGAAACCCCCGAAAUCUUGAGAGAUCUGAAAGGUAUAUGGAUCAGCCACCUACAUGCGGAUCAUCACUUGGGCACGGCUUCCGUCAUUAAAGCCUGGCAUGAGGAAACAAGCAAAUCACAUCCCGAAGCCAAGCUUCUUGUCGCGUCACAUAUACAUAUGCUAGAUUGGCUACGAGAAUACGCCGAUAUCGAGAAUUUCGGACAUGAGCGACUUAUAACCGUCAGCUUCAACAGUUUAGAUCCCGUCCAGCGUGGAACGAAAAUUUGCAGACCGCGAGUCUUCACACACGAAGAAACCAAUGCUCUUGGUCUUGAGAGGAUUGAUGCUUGCUAUGUACAGCAUUGUUUCGGCGCUCUUGCGACUGUUUUUAUUUUCCCCACAGGACUUAAGAUCGCGUACUCGGGUGAUUGUAGACCGAGCGAUGAUUUCGUUAAGAUCGGACAGCGUACGACGUUACUAAUCCACGAGAGUACGUUUGAUGAUGAGUUACAAGGUGAUGCUAUCGCGAAAAAGCAUUCGACUAUGUCAGAAGCUAUCGACAUUGGGCGACGGAUGGGAGCGAGGAGAAUCCUAUUGACACAUUUCUCUCAACGAUACCAAAAAGUGCCUAUCAUAGAGGAAAAUCUAGAGAUCCGGGCCGAUGCAGAAGAUGGGGAUAAGGCGCAACUAGACGAAGUCAUACUCGUAGCAUUCGACUAUAUGCGCGUCAAGCUUGGAGAGUUCAGAAAAGCACAGGCCUUCUUGCCGGCGCUACAGAAGCUCUUCGAGGAUGUGCGGGAUGAUUAAUUACAGACCUCAGGGGUGGAUCAGAGGUUAGUGUAUAUACCUAAGUAUAACUCCCCUAAAAAAUGAACUGUACAAUGAUUAUGAAGACAA